ACUAGAAGGAAAGACACACGCGAGGAGUCGUCAUCAUUCAGAUCUGAUUCAGCGGCAGUCUGCUUGCCGUUCUCUUCACUUAGCUCCGGAUUCCAAAGAGAACCAGGAUCAAUGGCGGGGGAAGGUGACCUUCCCCGUAUCGCGGUUAUCGGCGCGGGCAUCUUCGCGCGCACGCAAUACAUUCCCAGGCUACGCGAGAUCGCUCACCUCGUUGUCCUUAAGGCCAUCUGGAGCCGGUCCCAGGAAUCCGCAGAAGCUGCUGUGGAGCUUGCACGUGAUUUCGUGCCUGAUAUCGAGUGUAAAUGGGGUGAUGUUGGCCUGGAAGAGAUAAUGGGAGACCGUUCGAUCAUGGGUGUCGCUGUUGUUCUUGCGGGGCAAGUCCAGGUAGAACUUUCCUUGAAGAUGCUCAAGGCAGGAAAGCAUGUGAUUCAAGAGAAACCUGCCUCUGGAUCGACAACUGAAGCAGAAGCUGCAUUGUCAAUCUAUAACUCAUUUCCAAAACAGUUCCCGUACAAACCGAUUUGGGCUCUUGCAGAAAACUACAGAUUUGAACCUGCAUUUGUGGAGUCAAACAAGUUGAUGAGCGAUAUUGGUGAUAUGAUGAACAUCCAAGUUAUUGUGGAAGGAUCAAUGAACAGUUCAAACCCAUACUUCAACAGCUCCUGGAGACGAAAUUUCGUGGGUGGUUUCGUACUGGAUAUGGGUGUGCACUUCAUUGCAGGUCUAAGAAUGCUUGUUGGUUCGGAAGUAGCAACUGUAUCAUCUAUCUCCCGUCAUGUGGAUACGGCUUUACCACCACCAGAUAACAUAUGUUCUCUUUUCCAACUGGAAAAUGGAUGCGCUGGGGUCUUUGUGUUUGCAGUUAACUCGAGAUCACCAAAGAUAUUAUGGCGGGUUGAUGGAACAAAGGGAACAGUACAAAUUGAACGUGGAAUUGAUAGUGGCAAGCAUGGCUACCAGGUGCUAUUCUCACACGAAAACGGGCAGUGCCAGAAGACAUUCUAUCCAUUCUGCGGUGUGAAUGAAGAACUGAAGGCAUUUGUCCAUGACAUCUUGCAGGCUAGCAAAGAUGUGGAUCACAAGGCUGAACCCCGCAGUUCUUAUGUUGAAGGUGUUCGUGAUGUAGCUGUUCUAGAGGCCAUGCUUGAAUCUAGCACAAAGCAAGGAGCCCUAGUGCAAGUGAAGAAAUUGUAACAGAUCUCAGUUCUCGAAAGGAACAGAAAAGAACAUUCUUCUGCGCGGGCGAUCAUUACAGCAGAUCCAGUGAUAAAAUUCUGUUCCGUGAUCAUUAUCAUUGCUGGUGUACAAUGGAUUGCAAAUUUACCCCCACUGUACCUCUCGUGUGUAGUUUUGCUGCUCAUUUUCUGUACUAGUUGCAUAUAUUUUUCUGUUGAGAAAACAAAAUUACCUAUGUUCUAAAUGUAAGAUGUUCUAGCUUUGUCUCGAGUCAAA